AUGUCCUUCAGCAUAAGGCAAGAUGCUACUGCUUCUCUUAUCCUGCUAUGGAAGGUCACAACCACUGGAUUUAAACAGUGUUCACUUAUUGAUGGCAGAAGUGUCACUCUUCUCCAGGCCUUAGGUGGACUUGUUCUUUCUGAAGAAAUGCUUGCGUUAGGAAACAACUACUUUAUUGGUUUUUUGAAUGAUUCAGUUACUAAAUGCAUUGUGGCUCUACGCUUGACUGUGACAGUGAAAGUCAGUACCUGCAUGCCUGUGGGAAGCCAUUCAUAUAACUUCCAGUGUUCAGGGAAAGGAAAAUGUGUCACCAAACCAGAUGAGGCAACUUUUUUCUGUGACUGCGAGGAUGGGUAUCAGGGUUCCCUGUGUGAAGAAUUUAAUGCUUGUCAGAGCCAGCCCUGUCAGAACAAUGCAACCUGCACUGAUGUAGCACAGAAACAUGACGGGAACAAUUUCACCUGCAGCUGCCCGGCUGGUUACACCGGAGAGCUGUGCCAGUCAGAGAUUGAUCAUUGCAUCCAGCAGCCAUGCCAAAAUGGAGGUACCUGCUCAUCCAACAUCAAUGGAUUCAGUUGUCAGUGCCCAGAAGGGUUUUUAGGAACAUCUUGUGAAGACAAAAUAGACCCUUGUGCAUCUUCUCCCUGCCAGAACAAUGGAACUUGUUAUGCAGACAGACUUGCCUUCUCCUGCAGUUGCAGUCCUGGAUUUACAGGACCUACAUGUGCUCAGCUGAUUGACUUCUGCGCUCUGAAUCCUUGUGCACAUGGCAUUUGUCGCAGUGUUGGAACCAGCUACAAAUGCCUCUGUAUCCCUG